AUGUCGACGGAUCGCUAUGAGGUGGUGCCAACAGUCACCGUGCUGGCGGUGAUGAAGGGGCGGCUGACGGGGGCCACGAAGGGGCACGCGCUGCUGAAGAAGAAAGCCGACGCUCUGACCAUCCGGUUCCGGCAGCUGCUCAAGAGAGUCAUCGAAACGAAGGAGGCCAUGGGUGAGAGCUUCAAGGGGUCCGUCUUCUCCCUGACAGAGGCGAAAUACGCCGCGGGCGACAUUCGGCACACGGUGCUGGACAACGUGUCCACCGCCGACGUGCGAGUCAAAGCGCUCACGGACAACGUCGCAGGUGUCAGACUGCCCAAGUUCCACACGAGCUCCGAGGAGAUGUCCGACUCGAGCAAGAUGUCGAUGACGGGCCUCGGGAAGGGCGGGCAGCAGGUCCAGAAGUGCCGCGUGGCGUUCAUGGAGACGGUGAAGCUGCUGGUGGAGCUGGCGUCGCUGCAGACGUCCUUCCUGACGCUGGACGAGGCGAUCAAGACGACCAACCGCCGCGUGAACGCGCUGGAGAACGUGGUGAAGCCGAAGCUCACGAACACGAUCGCGUACAUCAAGGGCGAGCUCGACGAGCUGGAGCGGGAGGAGUUUUUCCGGUUGAAAAAGGUGCAGGACAAGAAGAAGCGCGACUUGAAGAAGAAGGAGGAGGAGGACGCGGCGGCCGCCGCCAGGGCCGCGCCCGCGCAGAAGAGCCAGGCGGGGUCGCAGUCGCUGCUCGGCAGCCUCUUCGGGAUGCAGGAGCAGGACGAAGACAUCGUGUUCUAG